AGACAUUGAUGUCUUUGAUGAGAGGUGUAGAAGAAAUCGAAGACAAAGGCACGCCGGUAUUUUUCGUCGGCGUUGGCGAUUUUGACGAGAAAAGCAAAUGAUGCAGUAGACCGUCUUUAUUUUGUAGAGCUUGUUAAAACUCGUCACGGCUUCCGAAAGGCAUAAGAAGCUGUUUGGCUACCAAGAUGGACGGAGAUUAGCGAAGAAGAGUUACCUUUGUGUAUAUUGUCAAAUUUGUCAUUGUGUUCGUUUCCUUUGUUAGUAAAAAAGCAUUAAUAUAUCACGUCUCUUUAGGAAGAGCUAAUUUCGAAAACAAAAAUAAAAAAAUCUAGCAAUCAGAAAUUAAAUACAUUUAAUUCACAGGUUUGUAAGAUUUCAAAACAAAUAUAUAAUAAAUUCGGUAAAGCCUAAUGACCACAUAAAACACGUGCUUGAAUAAAUACAACAUUGUUUAUGUAAGUCACGCAUAUCAGAGUGAUUUAAGUUGUAAACAUGCCUGUUUUAUUAAAUAUCAAUUUGAUUUGAUUCGCUCAUGUAACCUUGAUAUAUUGUAGACAAAAGCAUCUCUGUUUGAUGAUUUGUCAAUGGGCUUUAUGCGCAGUUCUUCUGGGCUAUCAAUUGAGGAUGAGGAGGAUAUUCGAGACAUUCAAGAAGUCUCAAUGACACGGUUUCAAAAUGAAAAGGAAAUAGAGACAAAGGUUUACGCUGAAAGCAAAAAUGACGCUUUUCCGGUUAUUGGUUCCCGCGUGCGCCGUGGUCCUGACUGGGUGUGGGAUAAUCAAGACCAUCAUGGGCCUGGAACCGUCGUCGGUCACUCAGAAGAUGAUUUUAAAGUGUGGGUCACAUGGGAUUUCGAUAACAUGACCACCGUUUAUCGAUAUGGUCUAGGCGCAUAUGACGUCAUAGUGACAGACGAGCCACGUACGUUGAAACCAGGGAAGACAAUGGCGGUCGGCUGUAGGGUGAAACCAGGCCGAGAUGCUAGAAUGCUAGAUGCUAUAUGGAGCGACAUUGCCUUUUCCACCCAAGGAGUGGUUAUACGUAAGGGCUCGCAAAAGGCACAUGUGCGCUGGGAGAAUGGCAAGCGUGGAGAUUACAGCUAUGGCAAAGAUGGUCGAUAUGAAAUAGAAAUAUGUACAACAGCCCAGGAACAUAUCGGCGACUUCAGCUGCAAUACAUUUGCAGCCGCCUCAACGCACCGUGCAAACAAUAAGAAGGCGAACACAAAUAAAAACAAAAACGCCAAAAUAUGAAAAACUUAAAUUAUUAAUGAAGCGAAUGAAAUAAAUGUUUGACAAACAAUAACUAUACAAACGUGACAUACCAUAAACCACGGAAUAUAUUUCAAUGCCGGCAGUGUAAAGUUUAUUCCUGUUCAUUAUAAUGUAGGAACAUAAUAUUUCAUGUAUUGUAUGUUUUUGGUGUGUUUGUUCUCAUUAUUUUAUUAUCAUAAGUUUAUGGAGUCACAAUGACUUCAACAUCGGAAGACGUUGUUCUAAGGAAAAUACGU